GGCUUAUCGUGGAGCACAUAUGUUGGGUCUUCCCCGCUCAGCUCAGAACUCCACUAUGCUCCGAGUAGGACUUCCACUUCUGAUCAAAUUUUGAUUUCUGUUAUGUGAAGAUGAGAUGGCAGCAGGCAUUUCGGACCUCAAUCAUGGCAACUACGAGCGUGUAGCCUGCCUUGUCUUUGUUGUUCUUAUACCAACGUUUCUCUUCACUCGGUUCUGGAGUCGAUUAUUGUCCAAACAAGUUGGGUCAGACGACUGGGCAGCGCUUGCGGCUGGUAUCUUUGCACUUUCUUGCAGUAUCCAGACGCUCGUCGCAACGGCGCAUGGAUGGGGACGUCACAAAGUUAACCUUGACGCGAAGGACCUUCGAUUAGUUCUUAUUCUUCACUGGACCUUUCAAAUCACGUAUAAAAUCACCGUUGGCCUCAACAAAACCUCCAUGCUGCUCCUCUACCUACGAAUUAUGCCCCAAAGAAUAUCCCGCAUUACCUGCUGGACGCUCUUGGCUCUCGUUGGUCUGUUUGCAUUUGCUACCACCGUUGCUAGUAUCUUCCAAUGUAUACCGGUCGAAAAAGCUUGGAUCAAGUCGGAGAACGGACAUUGCUACAGCCUGACGAGAGCAUGGUAUGCGAAUGCUGGCUUCUCCGUCGUUACGGACUUUGUCAUCCUGUUUCUGCCGAUGCAUAUGGUCUACAAUUUACAUAGAGCGAAGAAAGAGAAGAUAUUACUGUAUGCAGUAUUUGGAGUUGGAAUGUUCGUCACGUUCACAAGCAUUAUGCGAACAUUCAUGCUCAAAGGCGCAGAUAAUCCAGAUAUUACCUACGACGUAAAAUCCGGCUUCUGGUCCCUAAUCGAAAUCAACGUCGGCGUAAUUUGCAUCUGCCUUCCACCUCUCCGAGCCCUCCUAUCACGACAAUUCCCCUCUCUCAACUUUGUAAUUUCAGGCAGCGACCCUUAUCCACAGCCAUACCUAUCCUCCAGCAUCUCGGCACCGAAAAGCGGGGGCUCAUCUGGAAUACGGAAGGGGAGAGGACAAGCGCCAUUGAAGAGUGAAGAAGAGUUGGUGUAUUUCACGGAUGAGAACAGUCUAUCGUUGGUGGAUAAUGGGAUCACGGACACGACAGGAUAUAAAGUUGCAAACAUGGGGAAAGAGGGGGAGAGGGUUGAGAGGGUGCAUGUUAGGUUGCAGCAUUGGGAACGGCAGGAGCGCUGAAGAGGCGAGGCCGACGUGAAGAAAAUGAUUAUUACGGCAAGCCAAGAAGGCCAGUGGCAGAAGACAUGUACACGAAACACACGGUGAGCAAUGGAGGCAACAGCCGAAGAGUCUCGCAGUCGAACGAUUGUUUAGGAUCUCGCGGCACCACGGAACGGAAGCUUGAUCAUCAGACAAGAUGGGAUGUACACACAAAGGUUUCUCGGGAAGCUGUUUUCGGAGUUCAAAAUAGGGUAGGGAUUAAGGAAGCAGCUAGCGGGAAAAUACAUUAUUACUAGG